UACAUAGAUAUCUUUUUAAUUUUUUGUUAUUCGAGUUUAGACUUAAUCAGAUCAAAAUUAUAAACUCAGGACAUAAAGUUUACAAUAAAUUAGUUCAUUUUACAAUAAAAGUAGCAGUUCGCAUGACCAUAUUGUGUUUAAAUUUUAACGCGCAUCAGUUUGUUGUGGCUGCCAUAUUGGAUUUUGCGUUACACAGAAAAAAAGAAAAUAAAAAAUAAUACAAAAAUUGUUUUCAUAUACAAAAUAAUUUGUAGAAUCCAUGUAUUGCUGAUGUGACUUUUAAAAGUAAUUUUAAGAGUUUCGAAGUAUCAAGAACGGUUCAGAUUAAUUAUAAGAAAGUUCAGUAACUAUGACGAUUAAAACGCUCUUGCAAACAACCAACAUAAAUAAUAUUACAGCAAUAAGUGAUAUGCAAAAGCGUAAAGUUAAGAGAAAUUUGUUCAACACAACAGUGGACAGGGAUGAGUUACAAAGGCAAUUAGGGCAAUUAGAGAACGAAAGCCUAAGAACUCUUCAAAGCUUUGAAUGUGAUUCAGUCAUUGGCGUGAUAAACAGUGCAAGUGAGGACCAAGCGAGAAAACAUAAGCGGUGGCCGGAACAAGAGGGAAAUCACGAUCUCCAAGGAUCUCUAUUGAUUAGAGAUCAUUCAACUGAUACCGAGGCUUCAUCUUCAAGCAAUCAAACAGCUCAAAGCUCAACUUCUAAGAAGACGACCUCGAAACUUAUCCAAGCGCUUCCCAAAGGACAACGUACGCUCACAGAUUAUUUCCCGAGAGUUAAACGAACCAGAAAGCACCGCUGAUGAGAUACCAUCAAGACCCAACCACAAAUUCCUGAUAGCUUCAAUUUCAUUCAUUUUUUUUAGAAUAUUUAACCAAAGCAUACAAAUCGACGCUAUUUCUUGUUCAACAUCGCUCCUCCCUCACUUUAACGUUAAAAAAAGAAAUUGGAAGGCGAUAUGAGAAAUGAUAACUCAUACCCCUCUCAUAUGUCUUGCCCCCCUGCCACAUCCCAACGAUAAAGUAAAUUAAUUUUAUUUUUACAUUUAGUAAAAAAAAAGUUUCUCCAGAAUCUUUAAAUUUGAUCUCAUUGUUUGUGCAUUUUUUGUCGAAUUGCUUUCUCUCAUUUUUUUCAAAAUGUUUUUUUUUUAAUUAUUUUUUGUUUUGUGAUCUUAUUUAAACUUUGCGACAUGAACUUUUGAAAGCAUGUCGACAUUCAUGAUUAAUACAAUUAGGUUCAUGUUAAGAUUAGUGUACAUCACGAGAGCGUUUGAGUUUGAUAUGACUUUGAAAAGGACAAAAAAAGAAGAAAAAUGGAUUGAUUCCGUGGAAGCUUUGGAAACCCCGUACUCUUAAUUGAUACGCUAUUAGAUUUAUGUACUAUGAUGAUUUGAAUGUUUUUUUUUCGCAAUAUUAAUUAAGAUAAUAAAAAUUUCAACUAAAGUUUCUAACG